UGCAUGCAACAGAACCAAGAGUUGGUCUUCAAGUUGAGAGAAGUCAAUUUAGGCGUUUCAUAUAAAGCUCUAUAUUUUUUUGCCUGUUGAUUAACACAAAAGGGGACCAUGGUUAUGUUGAAGAUUUCUGCUUUCCUUGUUGCUUAUGCCCUGGUCCUUUGCCAGAUGUACAGCUCACAAGCAGCCCCCUCCAGAACGGGCAUAGAGUCCAUGACAGACCGAGUCACCCUUACGGACUACGAAGCAAGAAGAUUACUCAACGCCAUAGUCAAGGAGUUUGUGCAGAUGACAGCCGAAGAGCUGGAGCAGCAAGUGAAUGAAGGCAACGAAGGCAAUAGCAUGGAAAGACCCCUUACCAAGCGCUGCUCUAACCUCAGCACCUGCGUGCUGGGCAAACUGUCCCAGGACCUGCACAAAUUACAAACGUUCCCCCGCACGGACGUGGGCGCGGGCACGCCUGGCAAGAAACGCAGCGCGCCCGAGAGCGAACGCUAUGCAAGCUACGGGGAGACAUUUGACAGCAUCUAACUCUCCGCCCUCCUCCUAUUCUCUCUCUUUUCAUUAUAACGUCCUACUGGUUUUUGUUUGACAAGUCUCAGUGCAUGUGGAUUUUUCCUGCUUGAUUGAGCGAAUCUCCCAUUGCAACCCCCCCCCCUUCUU